AUGCAAGAUAAACCAUAGGAAUUAAUAACGUGCAAAUUCUGUAAGGAAAGAUUUCCUCUUACUAUAAUGUAUGCGCAUAGAAUGGAAUGUAAUAUUGAAAAUCACCCUGAUUACUAAUCUGUUGUAUAAAAUAAAGAAUCAAUGCUCUAAAAAAUAUAGGAGGAAUUUCCAGAUGACUCAUAGAAUAUAUUAUAAACGAAUAAAUCUAAAUUUAAUAAGAACUAAAAAGUUGAAAAUCCAGGUUUAGAAAAAUAACUUUAAGAAGAAUUUUCUUAUUAACUUAAAAGAGAGAUAGCUCCAUAAGCAGUAAAAUAAUAGCAGAAAUUAAACGAUCUAUAAACAGAAUCUAUUUUGGUUCGAACUACUAAAAAGUGUGAAUAUUGCAAUGAGCUUUUUCCUAUAGAACAAAUUGAUGAUCAUUAUCCUAAUUGUCAAACCUAUUUAAUGAUAGAAUAACUAUAAAUAGAGGAGACUCAAAAUAAAUUUUAAUCAAAUGAAAAUUACAUUGAUAAGUAAAGUAUGAUUGGAUAAUAAAAGGAACCAGAAAACUUUUCUACAAUAAUUCAUGAAGAAUUGUAAAGUGAUGGGAAAAUACUGCAAAAGAUAAUCACUAGGGAUCCACUUACUAAUAAAACAUAUGAAAAUGUGUUUUUACUAGAUUCUGAUAACGGCAAAUAGAUAGAGCAUAUUUCUUAAUAAAUAAUAGUGCCUAAUGACAAUAGGAGUUUCCAUUAGAGCUUUUAGAGUUUCAUCAACAAGGACUUGAUUGAUUUGGAUCAAAUAGAAGCAAACGAUCAACAAAAAUUACUUGUAUAAUAAAUAAGAUUUUAAAAUUUAGUUAGAAUAAAUUUCUGUGAUUCCAAAUAGCUUGAUUAGGAAUUUAAAUAAUGUGGGAUUUGUUUUAUGAACUAUUUAAAGGGAGAAGAACUAUUUUUGCUGCCAUGUAUACACAGGUUUCAUGCUAAAUGCAUGAGUAAGUGGUUAAUAGACUAAUCGACUUGUCCAAUUUGUAAGAUAGAUUUUGAAUAAUAAAAAACUUGA